UAUGACGCUUAAAUGAUUAAACCUGCACAAGAAAUCACGGGGUUGACGUGACUUCAGAGUUCAGAGUCUAUACCUUAUACUAUUCAGCUCGACCUCUCAGCCUCUCAGCUAAAUGUAAUCAAUGGUUGUGGCCGAAUCAACAAUUUUCCACAGUUGACCAAAAACCCAGUCUCCUCAUCCUUUCAUUUUCAGUCUGCCACAAUAAUGGCAAUCUGAAUCAAUCUACUCCCCCACAAAAAAAGUACUGUAUUUACUCAGCUACCCUGUUGACUCUGGCGUUGACCCAUCUCCUAUGAUGUUGUAGUUGCACGACUCUCUUCUAUUUAGUCCCUCACUAGCUCCAAUUCCCUGCAACAAACCCGAAUCAAACUCCACAGAACUCAUGGCUUCUCUUAAUAAUCACAACCACCAAUCCAAUGGAGAAUCAAAGUCCCCAAUUGUAGUUGUUAUGGUACCUUUCCCUGCACAGAGCCACUUGAACCAGCUCCUCCACCUCUCGCGACUCAUCUCACCCUACAACAUCCCCAUUCACUAUGUCAGCACCCCUAGUCAUAUUCGUCAGGCCAAGUCUCGGCUCCAGAACUGGAAUCUCAACUCCGCAAACGAUUUUCACAUUCACGAAUUCGCAAUUCCUUCUUUCGAAGCCCUCCCCCCCAACCCGAAUGAUCCCACCAAAUUCCCCACCCAUCUUUUGCCAAUGUUCCACGCUUCUCGCCAUCUUCAAGAGCCUGUCACCGCUCUUUUACAGUCUCUUGCAGCUACUGCACAUAGAGUUGUUGUUAUUCAUGAUGUUCUGAUAAGUUCAGUUGUGCAAGAAGUGACGAAUAUUCCAAACGCCGAGGCCUAUGCGCUGCAGAGUGUGUCGGUGUUUAAUCAUUUUUCGACGAUUUGGGAAAUGAUGGGGAAGCCUUUGUCUGUUCAGGAUGAAGCUUUCGAUCACCUUCUGUCGCAGGAGGGUUGCGUUCCUAUGGAGUUUAUUGAGAUUUUAAUGGGCCAGUCUCACCUUGCAAAUCAGUUUGCCUCGGGUGUUAUUCAUAAUACGUCGAAGGCUAUUGAAGGCAAAUAUGUCGAAUUCUUAGACAGGGAAGAGUUUAGCGGUGGUAUCAAACAAUGGGCUCUUGGUCCAUUCAAUCCAAUCUCGAUUCCUAAUGAAGAGAAGAUCAGGCACAAGUGCUUGACUUUUCUCGACAAGCAGAGCCCAGGAUCAGUCAUAUAUGUUUCCUUCGGUACCACAAUUUCGUUCACAGACGAACAAAUCCAGGAGCUCGCUCUCGGUUUAGAAAAAAGUGAACAAACAUUCAUUUGGGUCCUCAGAGACGCUGAUCGUGGAGACAUAUACGCAGGACCUGAAAGAAAGGCCGAAUUGCCAACCGGGUUCGAAGACAGGAUAAAAGAAAGGGGAAUGAUCGUGAGAGACUGGGUUCCGCAGCUGGAGAUCUUGGCACAUCCAUCGACUGGUGGAUUCAUGAGUCAUUGCGGAUGGAAUUCAUGUUUGGAUAGCAUAACUAUGGGUGUGCCUAUAGCCGCUUGGCCUAUGCAUUCUGAUCAGCCAAGGAACGCAAUGCUUGUUGUUGAUAUACUAAAGAUGGGUACAUUUGUGAAUGAGUGGGCGAAGAGGAGUGAGGUGGUUGGAGCUUCAGAGAUUGCGAAAGCGGUUAGAAAGCUUAUGGCAAGCGAGGAAGGUGAUGAGAAUAGGAAGAGGGCCGUGGAGAUGGGAGCUGCGGUUAAGCAAUCUUUAGCUGAUGGUGGCGUUACUCGCAUGGAACUCGAUUCCUUCGUCGCUCACAUUAGUAGAAUUUAACCUAUGGAGCUGCAGAAAGUAAUAAAUGAAGUUUAAUGUUAGUAGAAUAAAAAGGGUUUGUAAUUUUCCGUACCAGUAUAUUUUUUGUUUUUUGAUGCCUA